AUGCCACGUAAAGCCAUAUCCCCAGACACCAAUGAACCGGCCAACGGGGGUAUCCCGACUCCCCCAUCAGAAAAGACCGUUCAGUCACGCCAAAGAAAAGCCAGCCAGCGGUCCAGGACGGGUUGCCGAACAUGCCGCGUCCGCCAUAUAAAAUGUGACGAAGCGCCAAGCGCCUGCAAUAACUGUGUCUCGACACAGCGCACCUGCGAUGGGUACGACGUAGCCCGAUUAACAAACAAGAAGAAGACAUCAGUCGUGACACUGCAAGAUAUCGGCGCGCACGUAAGCUGGUUAACAACAAUGGAUGAGCGACGAUGUUUCUCAUACUUCAUGCACAUUACUAUUCCAAACUUAUCGACAUUUUUCACCGCGACAUUGUGGCACAAAUACGCACGACAGAUGAGUCUAGGCGAUCGCGCGGUAUAUCACGCGGCGAACAUGCUAGGUGCGAUUCACGAGGAAGCAACCGAGAAUAACAUGCGGCUUUGGGGAGAAAAUCUCCGCAGAUCGCAUCAGCGGGUCGCGCUUGAGCAAGGCUCGAGGGCUUUUGCGCAUCUACAUGCUCGACAAGCGUCGCAGGAUCCGGAAUUUCGAGAGGUAGUGCUGGUUUGCUGCCUUUUUUUCGUGAUAGGUGAUUUGAUGAUGGGUAGAUAUGAGAACGCCUUUAUUCAUCUGCGGAGUGGACUCAAGGUUCUUGCGGAAACGCAAAAUAAACAAUUGGUCGACCAAUCUAUUGUUGAGACAUUCACACGAUUGGAUAAUCAAUCCUCGCAUUUUGGGACAGGGCGUGUUAUCGAGGAGAGGACGGCUGAAGAAGAAUUACCGCGCGACGAUUCAUUCUAUAAUAUCAACACAAUAGAUGGUCUCCAUGAGGCUGUUUGUAACGUUUUAAGUUCAGGCAUUCCUUUCCUCGCCAAAUGCUGGAAACUUUCAGCAGAGGAGCGAGAAGCCGAUUACCUGAAUUUGACAAACAAGCAAAGCAUUCUCAUCUGUCGAUGUUAUGAACUCAGAGACCAUAUCGAGACCUUCUACCAAUUCAAUUACCAUAAAGCAAGUUACCAACAAAAACAAGCAUUGGGACUCCUUCGACUCCAAUGUCCUGGGCAGCUUAUCGGGCUUGAAACAUGCCUAACCGAAGGCCCCGCGCUGGAAGAACUUAUGCCUGAUUUCAAAGCGGUCAUACUACUAUACCAUGAUUUCGUCAAUAAAUUUCCUGAACGCCCCACAUUAAGCGUGGGCCAUGGCGUCCUCCCGAUUCUCUGGGUAGUAGCCUCCAAAUGUCCUCAAUACUCGGGUCGACUUGAGGCGAUCAAUGCGUUAUUAGCUUGGCCGCACUGCGAGGGAUUCGUCAACUCGAAUAUGGUGGCUUCUGUGGCGUUGGAGGCUUUGAAAGUGGAACUUGCAAAGAAGGGGGUGGAAGAUCUGUCGUCAAUGCUUGAUCCGAAAGGUCAUGCAGAGCUGAUGGAAUAUUUGAAUCAAAGCAAGAAGUCGACACCGCAACUGGGAACAUGGUCACCUAUCAAGGCAGCCAAGAUCCUCGAUAAUUAA